AGAAUGAACGUGCUGAAGCUCACCAAUGGCCGAGAAAUCUCCUACUUGAACGAAGUGGAAAUUCGAAUGGGAAUUGAUGAGCUUAAUGGAGAAGAAAGAUACAAAAAAGAGCUGGAAAAUAUGGAAACGUCCGAUAUUACAGUUCACAAAUAUGAGGGUGGAUUUAAGAUCUGGGAAUGCACCGUCGAUCUUUGCGACUAUAUCGAAGAAAAUCAAACGCUUUUCGCCGGAAAAUCAGUUCUAGAGCUCGGCUGUGGAGCAGCUCUUCCAUCAAUUCUCACGGCGGUACACGGAGCUAAGGAAGUUUUCGCUCAGGACUUUAACGCGUCAGUCAUCGAGUUCUUCACACUUCCAAACUUCGAAGAAAAUCCGCAUUCAGCAGUUGUUCAAGGAGAAGCAAUGGGAUGGGAAGAGGUUCCGAAUCGAUUGAGCGGAAGAAAAUUCGACUUCAUUCUCUCAUCGGAAACCAUUUACAACGAAGAUGACUAUCAAGCUCUCCACGAUGCGGUCGCUGCAACAAUCAAGGAUGACGGAGUCGCAUGGUUCGCCGCGAAAUUCUUCUACUUUGGCGUCGGCGGAAGUGUUCCAGCAUUCUGCGAAUUUAUCAAUCAACGCGGAAUUCUUCAAGCUUCUGAGGCAAAAGUGAUCGCCGCUUCAGUGCCCAGACGGAUUGUGGAGAUUCGGAAAAAAUGAUUUGAAUUUUUUCGUCUUUUUGUUGUGUUUUUUAUUUGUUAAGUUGUUCAAGAAUUGUCCUUUUUCAAUAAAAACUGUUUCAUUUC